CAUAGCAACGCUGUAUUCAUCCGCACUACGCAGUAAAGUAGUACCCAGGGUGCAGGAUAGUGAAGCGAUGGCGCAGGGGAAGCAGAAAUUUAAAGCUCAGCGACCAGGAGGAGCUAAAAAACAACAAAACAAACCGAAAGGACCAAAGAAAGGAGGUCGGAUCAUCGCCCCGAAAAAAACAGCAGUGGUUCAACAACAGAAGCUUAAAAAGGGUCUGGAGGUGGCCAUCAGGAAUAAGAUAGAAGAGGAGGUGACUCAGAAAGCCAGCACCUCCUUACACAAGAGGUUGAGUGUCCUGAAGACCCCUCAGAGAAAAGGAGGAGCAACAGGAAACACCAAAACCUCCAGCACCACCGCUGCGCCCUCUAAAUAACCCCACCGUACUUCUGCACGUCAUUCAGACUCCACAUCACGACCGUAGAGCAGGGUCACAAAAGGAGAACGUGAAGGCGGCAGUCACACGUCUAGUGUAGAACACAGCUUUUAUCAGGAUUUACAGACAAGGUCUGAUUUUUUUUUUUAGAUGCGAAUAUUCAGCAGUCACAUAAGUAUCGACACUCUCGUUUAGAUAGACGUGUGCACAGAACAGACUGUAUAUAAUGUGUGUGUGUGUGUGUGUGUCAGAAGAUUCUCAGGGAUGAUAAAUAAAUCUAUAUCCAGGAGUUGAGAUUUUUGCUGUACAGAUAUGAAAACCUGAAAGAACAUCUGACUACCAAGUAGAUAAUGAAAGCAUCCAGCACUUCAGGUAAAAUGAAUAAAAUGACAACGUUAACCAUUUACAGUCUGGGUUUAUUUAAAGUCAUGUUCCCAAUUCAAAAAAAAUAUCGAGCAUGCCUUCGGAUUUCUCUCUCUCUCUCACACACACACACGUGUGGCUGUAAGUCGUUCAGGACAGAACGUCUUUAACGGUAAAACAAAAGUAGGCACUUUUGACCAAGACAGUGCUGUGGUUAAACAGGCGAGUGCUCUCACACUUAGUAUUCUUUAUUUUAUUUUGUUUUAUUUCGAAUGUUAUGAACAUCAGAGGCAAAACUUUUGUUGUGCAUUCAGUUAUAUUUAAAAAAAAAUCUGUUGAGUCCCAAUGGCUCAGGAAUUCCCAGUCAAUGUGUUAGUGUGUAUUCUUUUUUUUUGAGGGCUGAGAUUUCACCUAUUUGCAUAAAAUCUGCCCAAACUAUAAUAAAAGCAUAAACAAAA